AUUUCUCUGUCAUUUCUCAGGCUUGGAAUAGCACGGCCCGGCGGAUGGAAAUAUCAUGAUACAUUUGUCUAGCAUAGCGUAUACGUGUGGAGUUGGAAAUGUAAGCUGAAGGGAGAGCUGCUUCCUAAUAACUGGAGAUUGCUGCGGCGUUAAUUGUAAUGCUGGUUUGCAGUCACUAGAGGGUGGUUAAGCCUGAGCUAUGUGAGUAAGAUUCAUCUGUGGAGAUACAGCACAGCACAUGACAGGAGUGAAGUGAAGAGAGAGAGCGGGAAAGAGGUGGAGUGGCAAGAGAGAGAGAGACAGAGAAGUGACACAAAUCAAUGUGAGCACCCAAACCACCAUCACCAGCAGCAGCAGCAGCCUCCCCGACCUCCAUCACCUCUUUGCCUUUCCCUGGGAGAGACGGAGAGACACAGUCACAGGAGAGACAGUCUCCCCAACAACGCAGCAUCUGGGUUGGCCAUCACUCUGAUGGGUAUCCACUUCGCAGCAGAGCCACCUCUCCAGGGAUACUUGUAGGAGCAAGAGGACUCAGCAGACAGAGCAGCUGAUUACUUCUGGACAUUUUUCUCUUCAGGUUGUUCCAUCAAAUAAACUGUCUGGCUGUCUGUGUGUGUGUUUUCGUGUCAGAUAGACCGCCCGGGAGCCACAGAGCUUCUAGAAGUUGUGGGCUAUGAAGAGUGCCGAGUCUGAAGACAGGAUGUCUUCCAAGCGACCAGCCUCUCCAUAUGGGGGGACAGAUGGAGAGGUAACCAUGGCAACCAGCAGACAGCGAGUGGAGGAUGAGGAGAGCGAGGGACUGGGCGGUGUCAUCCACCUCCCCCUGGCCUCCUACUGCGGCAAGGUGUCCCCUCGCUCGCCCCCCAACCGCAACUUGGACAGCCCCCCCAACGCGGACCAGGACGGCACUAAGGGGAGCUCUCUGAGUCCUUACCCCCAGCACAAUUCUACCUCACCGGGCAAAGAGGAGGGCAUAGGCGGGGGACGGCCCUGCAGUGACGGGGGCUCUGCCGUGGGCACCCUGGGGACCCCUGAGAGACGCAAGGGCAGCCUGGCAGACGUGGUGGACACACUGAAACAACGCAAAAUGGAGGAGCUGAUCAAGAACGAGCCAGAAGAGGCCCCCAGCAUUGAGAGGCUGUUGUCAAAGGACUGGAAGGAUAAACUUUUGGCCAUGGGCUCAGGGCACAUUGGAGAAAUUAAAGGUACCCCAGACAGCCUGGCGGAGAAAGAGCGCCAGCUCAUGGGCAUGAUUGGUCAGUUGAGCAGCCUGCGGGAGCAGCUCCUGGCGGCCCACGAGGAGCAGAAGAAGCUGGCCGCCUCGCAGAUGGAGAAGCAGAGGCAACAGAUGGAGCUGGCCAAGCAGCAGCAGGACCAGAUUGCCCGGCAACAGCAGCAGCUUCUGCAGCAGCAACACAAAAUCAACCUCCUGCAGCAACAAAUCCAGCAGGUCCAGGGCCAGCUCCCUCCACUGAUGAUUCCUGUCUUUCCUCCGGACCAGAGGACUCUGGCGGCAGCUGCGGCCCAGCAAGGCUUCCUCAUGCCCCCUGGCUUCAACUACAAACCUGGCUGUAGUGACCCCUACCCUCUCCAGCUCAUCCCCACAACAAUGGCUGCUGCUGCUGCUGCCACACCAGGCCUGGGACCCCUACAGCUCCAGCAGUUGUAUGCAGCUCAGCUGGCGGCCAUGCAGGUUUCCCCGGGGGCCAAGCAGCACGGAGGCAGCCUGCCACCCCAAGCCAACCUGGGCACACACUCGCCACCCACCAACACACACUCACAGAGUGACAAGGGCCGCUGUUCCCCGCUGCCAAACAAGACCAAGGACAGUGAGGGUGCACAGCCACUGAACCUGUCGGCCAAGCCUAAGGCAUCCGAGAGCAAGUCACCCAACUCCCCCCCAACUUCCCCACAGGUCCCUGCUGCUGCUGCCGCCACCAAGCUGGGCCCUGCCGGCUCCAUGAAGCACAGCGUCGCCCCCUCCAGCAUCGGAGGACCACCGACCAGAGUUAGCUCAAUAGCAGACUUGUUGUCGUCGCUGUCCUCGACAGCCUACCUGAACGACCACGAGGCGGUGACCAAGGCCUUCGCCGAGGCCCGGCAGAUGAAGGAGCAGCUGAAGAGGGAGCAGCAGGUCCUGGACGCCAAGGUGGCCGCCGUCAGCAGCCUCAGCCUCAACAACGGACGCACGGACAAGGACAAGGCUGCCUUGGAGAGUCUGAGUCAACAACUGAAGCAGCAGGCGGAGGACAAGUUCAGCCACGCCAUGCUGGACUUCACCAUGAGCGGAGACUCUGAUGGCUCCCCCAGUGUGUCAGACUCCAGGAUAUUCCGGGAGUCUCGGGGUCGCGGCAGCAGUGAGCCGCACAUCAAACGGCCAAUGAACGCCUUCAUGGUCUGGGCUAAGGACGAGAGGAGAAAGAUUCUCCAGGCCUUCCCCGACAUGCACAACUCCAACAUCAGCAAGAUCCUCGGCUCGCGCUGGAAAGCCAUGACCAACCUGGAGAAACAGCCGUACUACGAAGAGCAGGCUCGCCUCAGCAAGCAGCACCUGGAAAAAUACCCGGACUACAAGUACAAGCCGCGGCCAAAACGCACCUGCCUGGUGGAUGGAAAGAAGCUGCGCAUCGGCGAGUACAAGGCCAUCAUGAGGUCCCGCAGACAGGAAAUGAGACAAUAUUUCAGCGUGGGGCAGCAGGGUCAGCUCCCCCUAUCCUCCGCGGGCGUGGUUUACCCAGGUGCCCUCUCCAUGGCGGGGAUGCCCUCACCCCAGAUGCCCUCGGAGCACUCAAGCAUGUCCAGCAGCCCUGAACCCAACGCCAACCACCACCAGAACCCCCACGUGCCAGGCCUGAAGGGGGAGGAGCCGCGCAUCAAGGAGGAGGAGCUGCGGCUGGAUGACAGCAACGGCGACGUGUACGACGAUUUCGACUAUGAGGAUGAAGAGGCUGAUUACGCUAGCGAUAAUGAGAAUCAUAUCACCCAAUAGGACGGCGCGACAGCAGCCUGCUUUUUAAGCCAAUCACAGCUGGUUAUCCCACACCCCCACUCCUUCCUCCUAAAAUCCCUAACACGCCAAUCAGGAAGAAAACUUUUCUCUUUUGCCAAUCACCUUGAUUCCCAACCACACAAAACCUGCCCCCCCCCCCCCCCCCCCCCUCUCCCCUUCCUGACUAUCAUAGACUCUUUUAACAGAGCAGAGCCAACCCCCUUCUCCCCUCCCACUGGAGUCCUGAUACCAGCAUCUGAUCAAUCAACUGAAGCACAGGACCUGUCACUCACACUGACUGUUACACAAACUGGAGUCUGAGAGGAAGAGAUGACCAGAGACGACUCUGAAGCUUGCUGAGGAAAUAUCCAAGUACUACUGCAAGAGUUUGAGUAAUGCCACGAGUGAGGAGAAAUCAAAAUCACACUCAGAAAGCAACCUUUUAGACCCGUUUGUAGACAUUUUGAAAUGAAAGACGGAACAGCGGACCUGUCAAAAGGCUAACAGAUGACACUUUAAGAAGGCGGACCUGUUUAUUAUCAAGAGACACUUUUAAAAAAAAAAACAGCUUUUUUGUUCUUUGGUUCUAUAAUAUUCUCACUCAGGUACACGGUGCCAAUAAGUGGCUUGUGAAUGUGAUUUGUUGUUUUGUGCUACAAGUUUGAAUAAUAAUAGAAAAAAGAGACUUUUCUUUUUUCCCCUUUUGUUGUAAAGCACCUGAAAGACAUCAGACAUGUUUAUUUUUAACAAAAAGAUAUCUUUUCUUCGACCUCGCAGCGUGCUGUCAGCGCCCCCCUCCCCACAAACUUCCCUAUUUUUCUCUGUAUUUUUGUGACUGCCCACUCCCCCCACACCCCUCAAGUUUUGGAAUCCAAUGGGACCGUCCAGCCAGGACUGACCAGUACAGCAUGGACUGUCCCACUUUUUUGUGGGGAGGUGGGGGGUGGAGAAGGGGAGUCUCUUUCCCUCUCUCUGGUGUCAUGGAGCAGAAACGAAAAAGCACUGUGUUGUGAGACAAUCCACCAGUUUUUCUUCUCGCUCCGUCCCCCUCCCCUCUAUCUUGAUCUCAUCCCUGUUUUGUGUUUUGGGGGGGUGGGGUGGGGGGCUCGAAAACAUUCGACUGGUGUGUGUGUGUGUGUGUGUGAUUUUCUGGGCAAAAAAUGUCCAGGAUACAGAAAGACAGGCAACUCUAGCUGCUGCUGUUAUUCACUAUACCCCACACACACACACACACGUUGUUCUGUCCCUCAGUGUGUUUUCCUGCUCCCUCCAAUCAACAUUGUCCUGCUGUCCCCAGCGGGCAGAGCCGAGGUGAAGUCAGCCAGUCAGUGUUUCUGUUUGUAUUUGAAUACUGUAUUUUAUUAUUUCUCUUCAAACUGCCUCUAGUCUAAUAAUAUUAUUAACAAUAAUUAUAAGGAUGGUCAGCGUUUCCUAAGUUUAGUAAGUUAUGUACAGUAUAAUUUAUUUUUCUCCUCUUUAUCGGGUUUUUAUGACCAUAUGAAACUAUGACAGUCAAUGAGACAUUAUUCUAUUUAGCUGUAGGUAUUUAGAUCUAAACAAAAAGUUGUCCUCUUACCUUUCUUUGUUUUACCCUUCUUUUUUUUGGGGUGCAUUCGUUUUGUAUUAAUCCUGCGGACGGGUGGGCAGGCAGGCAGAGUUAGGACAGUGAGCUGGACUGACAGACUCGAUGCCGGCCCUCCUCCUCCGAGCUGAAGAUGUAACCUUUUCAUGUCCACACCCAUUUCUAAAAAGCACUCAGACUCUGUGCUGUCAGAGAAAAAGAAGAACAUGAUUUUUUUUUAUUGUUAUUAUAAUUUUAUUUGUAAUGGUUAUUAUAAUGUAUAAUGUGAAGUUUCCUGUGUUUUAUUUUGCCUUUUUUUUUUUUUUUUUUUUUUUUUUGGGGGGGGGAAAUCAGUUUUAUCACUUUUUCUGUGAACAAAGAGUCCCGUCCCCGUUUACUAGUUUGGCCGCCUCACUGAGACACAGUGGAACAUCAUUGGCUUGGAUCCACACACACGUACACAUAUAUAUACAUAAUCACAAUCACAUGCACACAUCUAAAAAGAAGAGAUUAUCAUGACAACCAAACAAAUCCUAUGCUGUCCUUUUUCUGCUUUUUCAAAUCUAGUAUUCUAGAUUUCAAACCCUGUACAUAUAUUUUUUGUUUUCGUGAUAGCAGUGAUUUUUUUUUAACUCUAGGAAAGCAGUGUUUACCAUGAUCCACCAAGGGUGUUCCACUGUGUGUGUGUGUGUGUGUGCGCGUGCACACGAGACGACCGGGCGCAUAUACAGCAUCUUCUAAGUCACUUCUCAUCAGGAGCCCAUUGCUUUGUUUUAGCUCCACGCGAUGCUACAGGAGCCAUGACUACUCUUCAGGUGUGCUGUCACAUAGUGAUCCCCCCUCCCCUCACAAUCAUUCUUGCUAUAGAUGUCUCGCUACAUGCCACAUAAUGAGCCUCUGAGUGUUAAUUUUGCUGUAUAGUCACCCCUGCUAUCAUGCCGUGGUUCAACCCGAUGCUGGAGAGAAGGGGGCUAAAGUGGAUCAAUCCAUUUUUAGGGUGGGGUGGGGUGGGGUGCAUUAAAACGUCAAUCAUCCCUGCUGGCAAGGUCCCCUUAUCAAGACAAUGAAAAUGAUGAUGAUGAUAAUAUUAUUUAAGACAAUCAAAGUCAUGAGUGGAGCUCAAAACAAAGUAAGAAUUAUUACAAGUUAAAAAAAAUAUCUUACCAUCUCAACUUGAAAAAUCAAGAAAGAUAAUUAUGUAAAUAUAACAUAGAGUUAUAGAUUUAUAUUUUGUUCAUAACACAGUGUAAUAUAAGUUGUAUAUUUCUUUUUUCUCUCCCUACUGUCUCUUUUAUUGAUGUUAUCCAUGCCACAGAAAAAGCAGGAGUCGCAGUGCUCUCACAAAAAAAAUGAAGAAAAAUAUCAAAGAAAUAAAGAAAAACAGAAAAAAAAAAAGCCGUGGGCUGCCACCACCAUCUGUUCUAAGUUCACUUUUUUUUCAGUAUUACUGCCAGACAAGGCUCUAAUAAAGACAGCAAUGUGUUCGGUAAAA